UCCCCGCCGGAAGCGCGGGCCUAGCCAAUACCUGCACUCGAUCGCGAGCCGCGGCCCCCUGCGCGUGUCGUGGCGGCGCGCUCGCCCUUCCCCUCGGCGCUGCCGCUGGCUGGGAAGACGGCGGCGGCGGUGAUGGCGCGGAGGAGAAAGUGGCCGAGGGAAGCCCGGCCUCCGCUGCGAAAGCCGUGCGGUAGGAGUCGGUAGAGAGCGAGCGAGCGAGAGACGAGGAAGCAGACAAUAGGAGGAGGGCGGCGGGCAACAAAAGGCGCGAUGCUGGCAGGGCGGCAGCGGCAGCGCGCCCCAGGCCGGGGAAAGGGGACCCUCGUCGGUGCCAGCCUUUCCUCCUCCUCCUCCUCCUGCUGCUGCUGCUACUGCUUCCUGCCGGGGUCGCCCUCUGCAUCCCUCCCGGGAGCCUUUUAAAGUUGGAUGGCGACGGCGAUGGCCGUCCCCUAACGAGCCAGGAGCCGAUCGCGAUGCUGGCGGAGACGGAGGCGGCGUCGGCUCGGCGGAGCUGAGCGCAGCGGCGCGCGGGAAUGGGCUGCGCCCGGCGGCGCCCGCACAGCUCGAGGUGGCCGCUGCUGGGGGGCGAGGCGCGGGGGAGCGAGCGGGGAGGAGGAGGACGAUGCCGCCCUCGCGGAGAGGAGCCGAUCGGGCGGCGGUAGGCGAAGAAGACAGCUGGUCUCGGAGGCGGGAGAGCCCGGCGGGGCGAGGCGGCGCCGCCGCUAGCUGCCCUUGAGGAGAAGUCCCGUCUGCUCGCUCCUUCCGCAGCGUUUGUGCCUCAGGGUCGGCGGGGAGGUGGGCGAUCCUCAGCCUCGCUCCAUGGCGAACGCCAGCGAGUUUGCAAGCAGCAGCAGCAGCCCGCACUUGCCCGGCCCCGGCGGCCUACUCAGCGCCUCGGGCCUCAAGCUGACCACGCUGGGCUUGAUCCUGUGCCUCAGCCUGGCGGGCAACGGGCUCUUCGCGUGGCUCAUCCUCAAGGAGCGGCCCCUGCACCGCGCGCCCUACUACCUGCUGCUGGACCUGUGCCUGGCCGACGGGCUGCGCUCGCUGGCCUGCUUCCCCUUCGUCAUGCUGUCGGUGCACAGCGGCGCGGGCGCCUGGCCGCACGGCGCGCUCAGCUGCAAGGUGCUGGCCUUCCUGGCCGUGCUCUUCUGCUUCCACGCAGCCUUCCUGCUCUUCUGCGUGGGCGUGACGCGCUACAUGGCCAUCGCGCACCACCGCUUCUACGCCAAGCGCAUGACGGGCUGGACCUGCCUGGCGGUGGUGUGCAUGGUGUGGACCCUUUCCAUGGCCAUGGCCUUCCCGCCCGUCUUCGACGUGGGCACCUACAAGUUCAUCCGCGAAGAAGAGCAGUGCAUCUUCGAGCACCGCUACGUCAAGGCCAACGACACGCUGGGCUUCAUGCUCAUGCUCGCCACCGUCGUCGCCGCCACCCACCUGGUGUACGUCAAGCUCCUCUUCUUCAUCCACAGCCACCGCAAGAUGAAGCCCGCUCAGUUGGUGCCGGCCAUUAGCCAGAACUGGACUUUCCAUGGGCCCGGGGCCACCGGCCAGGCGGCAGCGAACUGGACCGCUGGCUUUGGCCGGGGUCCCACUCCUCCCACUUUGGUGGGCAUCCGGCAGAACACCACCCAUAGCCAGAUCAAGAGGCUGCUGGUCUUGGAGGAGUUCAAAACGGAGAAGAGGAUCUGCAAGAUGUUCUACAUGAUCACCCUUCUCUUCCUGCUUCUCUGGUCCCCCUACAUUGUGGCCUGUUACCUGCGGGUCUUCAUCAAGGCUAGCGCCAUCCCCCAAGUCUACUUGACCACUUCUGUCUGGAUGACCUUUGCCCAGGCAGGGGUCAACCCCAUCCUGUGCUUCAUUUUCAACAAGGAGCUCAGAGUCUGUUUCAGAGCUCAUUUCCUCUGCUGCCAAAGCAUACAAAAUACUCAAGGCACCAUUCUGUGUGAUCUGAAGAAUUUUGGGAUGUAGUUUUAUCUUUCCAAUUGAAAAUAGUACUCUCUAUGCGCUUUUUUUUUUUUUGGUAUAUGCACUUGAGAAAUUGUUAUCUAAGGAGACACCUUGACUUUUCCCCACACCCUUAGGUUUUAAGAUAUUUAUUUAUUUAUGUGUUAGGGGGAUUUGGGGGGCGGAGGGGAGGGGAGGAAAUCGGGGAAGUAACACAGGGCUCCAACUUUCUUGGCUGCUUCUAACAUUUCUACAAAUGAUUCUGACAUGGAUAAAAAGGCCAUAAUUUUGUGUUGUUUUUUUUAAGACCCUACUGGUUUUGAUAAAAGCUAAGCGAUUUUAUUCAUGUAAGAUUUGAUAAAAGCCCAAGAUGAAAUUUUAUAUUAAAGUGUUAUUUUUGAUGACCUCAAUAUAUUGUAUUACAGUGUUUGUUUUUAAAGGGUGACCAAGAAGGAGAAACUGUACUGUGUUUAGAAGUCGUUUCUUGCUGGGGAGCUUUUGGAUUAAUUUUUAUUUCAGUACUUAAAGCAGUGAAUUUCUAACUUUGCCUGAAAUAGAGAAACGUGAGAUGCUACCCUAACCUACAUCUUAACCUUACUCAAGUUAUUAGGUCGUUUCCUAUUGACCUGAAGAGAAUUAGGUUCACUUGCUUUGACGUAGACUAACUUACAUUUUCUUGUUGCACUGUUCCUUUCAUAGUAUUUCAGAACCCCUUUGGUGGGGCGGGGGGAGAGGAAAUGAUAAUUUUAAAAAGCAAAUUGAUUACAUAUCAACUUUAAAAAAACUGUCAAUAUCAGGUUUUUAAAAUCACACUGACUUUCAUACUUUAUUGGCUUUUUAAAAUGUUAUCUACAAAUACUGGACAAUACUUGUACAUCUUGACUGUUUUAAUAAAAACACUGUUCAAUUCUCGUA